AUGGGAGACCAUCCACGCUCCCCACCAUUGGAUUUACAUAACUUCUUUAAAAUUCCAAAAACUAAAUCCUUGAAAGAUGUUAGCAAGGUUUGCAAAACGUUUGUAUCCAAAAAGCAUAAUGAGAAGAAACAAAUUGAGGGACCAACAACACCGUCGACUUUAUUUUUCGAUAACAAUGAAAAAAGAAGAGCGGAUGGAGAUAUUUGGAGCCCAAAAAUGGUGGCAAGAUGUGAAAGUAGAAGAUCAAAAACUCCGAAUCCAAGAACAAGGCCUCUAUCAAGACAUGGAAGCAGAAGAUGCACAACACCGAUGUCAUUAACGCGAAGUGAGAGUCGAAAAACUGCAACAGAAAUUGCUACAUCAUCUCUCAAACGGAUCAUGAGCAGAAGGAAUAGCAAAAUGGAUAUUUCUGAACCCGAGUUAUUGCCUAACUCCGCAACUUCUCCAACCAGUGAUUUCGCUUCGCGAAGUUCCAAACAAAAAGAUCGUAUCCAUUCAGUUUCUCUCUCGAAUAAUCUUGGCCGUAGAUCAACAACACCUAUCAUAUUUUCACAGACAACAACGAGAAGAAAACCACCAGAAGUUGAGAAAAAACUUCAGUUUUCACUCGAGGAAUUGUGCUUUGGAUGCGUCAAAAAGAUUAAAGUUACUAGAGAUGUUAUCAAACAUCCCGGGGUGAUUGUUCAAGAGGAAGAAAUAUUGAAAAUAGAAGUGAAGCCAGGAUGGAGAAAAGGAACAAAGAUUACAUUUGAGGGAGUUGGUGAUGAGAAACCUGGUUACUUACCAGCUGAUAUAGUGUUUUUGAUUGAUGAAAAGAAACAUCCAUUGUACAGAAGAGAUGGAAAUGAUUUGGAAAUUGGUGUUAAGAUUGCUCUUGUAGAUGCACUUUCUGGAUGCUCCAUACCAAUUCCUUUGUUAGGAGGGGAAACCAUGAAUAUAUCAUUUGAGAAUACUGUCAUAUACCCUGGUUUUGAGCAGGUUAUAAAAGGUCAAGGAAUGCCGAAUCCGAAAAAUAAUAGCACAAGAGGUGACUUACAUGUCAAGUUUCUUAUUAACUUUCCCACAGAUUUGAGUGAUGAACAAAGGAAUGAAGCUGUUACUAUUCUACAAGAUUGUUGCUAA